UCCUCCGGCGGGAUGGGAACCAUCGGGCUCCUGUGGCUGCUGCCGCUGCUGCUUUCCACUGCAGCUUUGGGCUCUGGGACGGGGACCGGCCAGCGCACGGGAUCCCCAGCUUCGGGGCCGCCGCUGCAGCCCCGGGAGCCGCUCAGCUACUCUCGCCUGCAGAGGAAGAGUCUGGCAGUGGACUUCGUAGUGCCCUCACUCUUCCGUGUCUACGCCCGGGACCUGCUGCUGCCGCCAUCCCCCUCGGAGCUGAAGGCUGGCAGGCCCGAGGCGCGCGGCUCGCUCGCUCUGGACUGCGCCCCGCUGCUCAGGUUGCUGGGGCCGGCGCCCGGGGUCUCCUGGACAGCCGGCUCACCCACCCCGGCAGAGGCCCGGACGCUGUCCAGGGUGCUGAAGGGCGGCUCGGUGCGCAAGCUCCGGCGUGCCAAGCAGCUGGUGCUGGAGCUGGGCGAGGAGGCGAUCUUGGAGGGUUGCGUCGGGCCCCCUGGGGAGGCGGCUGUGGGGCUGCUCCAGUUCAACCUCAGCGAGCUGUUCAGUUGGUGGAUUCGCCAGGGCGAAGGGCGACUGAGGAUCCGCCUGAUGCCCGAGAAGAAGGCGUCGGAAGUGGGCAGAGAGGGAAGGCUGUCCGCGGCAAUCCGCGCCUCCCAGCCCCGCCUUCUCUUCCAGAUCUUCGGGACUGGUCAUAGCUCCUUGGAGUCACCAACAAACAUACCUUCUCCUUCUCCUGAUUAUUUUACAUGGAAUCUCACCUGGAUAAUGAAAGACUCCUUCCCUUUCCUGUCUCAUCGCAGCCGAUAUGGUCUGGAGUGCAGCUUUGACUUCCCCUGUGAGCUGGAAUAUUCCCCUCCACUGCACGACCUCAGGAACCAGAGCUGGUCCUGGCGCCGUGUUCCCUCCGAGGAGGCCUCCCAGAUGGACUUGCUGGAUGGGCCUGAGGCAGAGCGUUCUAAGGAGAUGCCCAGAGGCUCCUUUCUCCUCCUCAACACCUCAGCUGACUCCAAGCACACCAUCCUGAGUCCGUGGAUGAGGAGCAGCAGUGAGCACUGUACGCUGGCCGUCUCAGUGCACAGGCACCUGCAGCCCUCUGGAAGGUACAUUGCCCAGCUGCUGCCCCACAACGAGGCUGCAAGAGAGAUCCUCCUGAUGCCCACCCCAGGGAAGCAUGGUUGGACAGUGCUCCAGGGAAGAAUCGGGCGCCCAGACAACCCCUUUCGAGUGGCCCUGGAAUACGUCUCCAGUGGAAACCGCAGCUUGUCUGCAGUGGACUUCUUUGCCCUGAAGAACUGCAGUAAAGGAACAUCCCCAGGCUCCAAGAUGGCCCUGCAGAGCUCCUUCACUUGUUGGAAUGGGACAGUCCUCCAGCUUGGGCAGGCCUGUGACUUCCACCAGGACUGCGCCCAGGGAGAAGACGAGAGCCAGAUAUGCCGGAAACUCCCUGUGGGUUUUUACUGCAACUUCGAAGAUGGCUUCUGUGGCUGGACCCAAGGCACACUCUCACCUCACACUCCUCAGUGGCAGGUCAGGACUCUAAAGGAUGCCCGGUUCCAGGACCACCAAGACCACGCUCUAUUGCUCAGUACCACUGAUGUCCCCACUUCAGAAAGUGCUACAGUGACCAGUGCUACGUUUCCCGCACCGAUCAAGAGCUCUCCAUGUGAGCUCCGAAUGUCCUGGCUCAUUCGUGGAGUCCUGAGGGGAAACGUGUCCUUGGUGCUAGUGGAGAACAAAACUGGGAAGGAGCAAGGCAGGAUGGUCUGGCAUGUCGCCGCCUAUGAAGGCUUGAGCCUGUGGCAGUGGACGGUGUUGCCUCUCCUCGACGUGUCUGACAGGUUCUGGCUGCAGAUGGUUGCAUGGUGGGGACAAGGAUCCAGAGCCAUCGUGGCUUUUGACAAUAUCUCCAUCAGCCUGGACUGCUACCUCACCAUUAGUGGAGAGGACAAGAUCCUACAGAAUACAGCACCCAAAUCAAGAAACCUGUUUGAGAGAAACCCAAACAAGGAGCUGAAACCCGGGGAAAAUUCACCACGACAGACGCCCAUCUUCGACCCUACAGUUCAUUGGCUGUUCACCACGUGUGGGGCCAGCGGACCCCAUGGUCCCACCCAGGCGCAGUGCAACAACGCCUACCAGAACUCCAACCUGAGCGUGGAGGUGGGGAGCGAGGGCCCCCUGAAGGGCAUCCAGAUCUGGAAGGUGCCAGCCACCGACACCUACAGCAUCUCGGGCUACGGAGCUGCUGGCGGGAAAGGCGGGAAGAAUACCAUGAUGCGGUCCCACGGCGUGUCUGUGCUGGGCAUCUUCAACCUGGAGAAAGACGACACGCUGUACAUCCUGGUUGGGCAGCAGGGAGAGGACGCCUGCCCCAGUACAAACCAGUUAAUCCAGAAAGUCUGCAUUGGAGAGAACAAUGUGAUAGAAGAAGAAAUCCGUGUGAACAGAAGCGUGCAUGAGUGGGCAGGAGGAGGAGGAGGAGGGGGUGGAGCCACCUAUGUAUUUAAGAUGAAGGAUGGAGUGCCGGUGCCCCUGAUCAUUGCAGCCGGAGGUGGCGGCAGGGCCUAUGGGGCCAAGACAGACACGUUCCACCCAGAGAGACUGGAGAAUAACUCCUCGGUUCUAGGGCUGAACGGCAAUUCCGGAGCCGCAGGUGGUGGAGGUGGCUGGAAUGAUAACACUUCCUUGCUCUGGGCCGGAAAAUCUUUGCUGGAGGGUGCCACCGGAGGACAUUCCUGCCCCCAGGCCAUGAAGAAGUGGGGGUGGGAGACAAGAGGGGGUUUCGGAGGGGGUGGAGGGGGGUGCUCCUCAGGUGGAGGAGGCGGAGGAUAUAUAGGCGGCAAUGCAGCCUCAAACAAUGACCCCGAAAUGGAUGGGGAAGAUGGGGUUUCCUUCAUCAGUCCACUGGGCAUCCUGUACACCCCAGCUUUAAAAGUGAUGGAAGGCCAUGGGGAAGUGAAUAUUAAGCAUUAUCUAAACUGCAGUCACUGUGAGGUAGACGAAUGUCACAUGGACACUGAAAGCCACAAGGUCAUCUGCUUCUGUGACCACGGGACAGUGCUGGCAGAGGAUGGCGUCUCCUGCAUUGUGUCGCCCACCCCGGAGCCGCACCUGCCACUCUCACUGAUCCUCUCCGUGGUGACCUCUGCCCUCGUGGCUGCCCUGGUCCUGGCUUUCUCCGGCGUCAUGAUUGUAUACCGUCGGAAGCACCAGGAGCUGCAAGCCAUGCAGAUGGAGCUGCAGAGCCCUGAGUACAAGCUGAGCAAGCUCCGCACCUCAACCAUCAUGACCGACUACAACCCCAAUUACUGCUUUGCUGGCAAGACCUCCUCCAUCAGUGACCUGAAGGAGGUGCCGCGGAAAAACAUCACCCUCAUUCGGGGUCUGGGCCAUGGCGCCUUUGGGGAGGUGUAUGAAGGCCAGGUGUCCGGAGUGCCCAACGACCCAAGUCCUCUGCAAGUGGCUGUGAAGACGCUGCCUGAGGUGUGCUCAGAACAGGACGAACUAGAUUUCCUCAUGGAAGCCCUGAUCAUCAGCAAAUUCAACCACCAGAACAUCGUUCGCUGCAUCGGGGUGAGCCUGCAAGCCCUGCCCCGGUUUAUCCUACUGGAGCUCAUGGCAGGAGGAGACCUCAAGUCCUUCCUCCGAGAGACCCGCCCUCGCCCGAGCCAGCCCUCCUCCCUGGCCAUGCUGGACCUUCUGCACGUGGCUCGGGACAUUGCCUGUGGCUGUCAGUAUUUGGAGGAAAACCACUUCAUCCACCGAGACAUUGCGGCCAGAAACUGCCUCUUGACCUGUCCAGGCCCUGGAAGAGUGGCCAAGAUUGGAGACUUCGGGAUGGCCCGAGACAUCUACAGGGCGAGCUACUACAGAAAGGGAGGCUGUGCGAUGCUGCCAGUUAAGUGGAUGCCCCCAGAGGCUUUCAUGGAAGGAAUAUUCACUUCUAAAACAGACACAUGGUCCUUUGGAGUGCUGCUGUGGGAAAUCUUUUCUCUCGGAUAUAUGCCAUAUCCCAGCAAAAGCAACCAGGAAGUUCUGGAGUUCGUCACCAGUGGAGGCCGGAUGGACCCACCCAAGAACUGCCCUGGGCCUGUAUACCGGAUAAUGACUCAGUGCUGGCAACAUCAGCCUGAAGACAGGCCCAACUUUGCCAUCAUUUUGGAGAGAAUUGAAUACUGCACCCAGGACCCAGAUGUAAUCAACACCGCUUUGCCGAUAGAAUACGGUCCACUUGUAGAAGAGGAAGAGAAAGUACCCGUGAGGCCCAAGGACCCUGAGGGGGUUCCUCCUCUCCUGGUCUCUCAACAGGCGAAAAGGGGGGAGGAGCGCAGCCCAGCUGCCCCACCACCUGUGCCUACCACCUCCUCUGGCAAGGCUGCAAAGAAACCCACAGUUGCAGAGGUCUCUGUUCGAGUCCCUAGGGGGCUGGCUGUGGAAGGGGGACAUGUGAAUAUGGCAUUCUCUCAGUCCAACCCCCCUUCGGAGUUGCACAAGGUCCAGGGAUCCAGAAACAAGCCCACCAGCUUGUGGAACCCAACGUACGGCUCCUGGUUUACAGAGAAACCCACCAAAAAGAAUAAUCCUCUAGCAAAGAAGGAGCCACAUGAGAGAGGUAACCUGGGGCUGGAGGGAAGCUGUACUGUCCCACCUAACAUUGCAACUGGGAGACUUCCGGGGGCCUCACUGCUCCUAGAGCCCUCUUCGCUGACUACCAACAUGAAGGAGGUACCUCUGUUCAGGCUACGUCACUUCCCUUGUGGGAAUGUCAAUUACGGCUACCAGCAACAGGGCUUGCCCUUAGAAGCCGCUACUGCCCCCGGAGCUGGUCAUUACGAGGACACCAUUCUGAAAAGCAAGAAUAGCAUGAACCAGCCUGGGCCCUGAGCUCGGUCGCACACUCACUUCUCUUCCUUAGGAUCCCUAAGACCGUGGAGGAGAGAGAGGCAAUGGCUCCUUCACAAACCAGAGACCAAAUGUCACUUUUUGUUUUGUGCCAACCUAUUUUGAAGUGCCACCAAAAAAGUUGUAUUUUCAAAACGCUUUAGAAAGGUUUUGAGCAUGGGUUCAUCCUAUUCUUUCGAAAGAAGAAAAUGUCAUAAAAAUGAGUGAUAAAUGCAAGGCCCAGAUGUGGUUGCAUAAGGUUUUUAUGCAUGUUUGUUGUAUAUUUCCUUAUGCUUCUUUUAAAUUGUGUGUGCUCUGCUUCAAUGUAGUCAGAAUUAGCUGCUUCUAUGUUUCAUAGUCGGGGUCAUAGAUGUUUCCUUACCUUGUUGAUGUGGACAUGAGCCAUUUGAGGGGAAAGGGAACAGAAAUAAAGGAGUUAUUUGUAAUGACUCAGCAUGGGGAAAGACAU